AACAGCUGGCCCAAGGUGGAAACGCGCUCAGAAAUUUAACGAGAUGGAUGGGAUGACUCCAAAAUCGGUCCACACUCCGUUGAUUUGGUCUAUUUAAUUUUCUCAUAAAUACCUGGAGCUCAACCAAACAUCCAAACGCACACUGGUUGUCGUUGAGGCUUGAAUCAAUUUGAGCAGAGAGAAAGUGUGAGCAGGUGCCAUCCUAAACCAGUGCACAGGAUUUUGUGGACAUCUUUUGCAUGAUCUCAUGUUGAUGUCAUGCCGUAAGUUCGAUAUCACGAUGAUGAAAUUUGGCGCGAUCCCAGCCUAUGUCAAGAGAAUCAUCAUUGUCGAGCUAUUUCUGCUCCUCGUCAUCGUGGGAUAUUUUGGUACAACAGCAGGAGACUCAAUUAUCGAUUCAAAGGAUCUUGGAGCUUCCGAAGAUAUAGAGAGAAGUUCACAUUCUGGAUUUGCUCCUCCAGAUGUUUUCAUCAUGAAGCCUUUUGCAGUCCAAGGGCAACAAUAUCAUAGUCGAAGGAGACUGACACAAGCCGGGAGACUGCCACCAUCCGACUCUGUGCCAAGCGCAUUGAGUUCCGUGCCACCAGCACCACUACCAGCAACACCCAUUGAAGGGUAGCGAUAAACCUUCUGCUCUGUUCAAAGAAGUUUCCACAAGCUGGUGCCUCAUUUGGCAUGGUAGUAUGUAGCUUCACACCAAUCGGAUUGAUAUUAUUUCUACAACAAAAGUGUACAGAAUUCAAAAUGUUUUUUCUGUUCAAUCAGAAAACCUUGUCGAAGUACUUCAUCAGCCUGCUUUUCAAUAUAUGCUUUGACAUUUACUCAGGCUCCGCUUAAAUCAACCUUUUCUCUAAAAAUAUAACACUUUAAGACGCCUAUGCUACGUGCAGACGAAUGUUAUGCAGACAGAACGUACACGCUUUCUGCUAUACUGUUAUAAAUUACACCAGGCCCAUGCACUCCACUCGAGAUGUUUAGAGUGGAGUGCCUGGGCCCGGUAAUCCAGGAAACAGAUUGUCGGCUUUCACAGCAGUCUAUGGCUUGGAGCUAGGAUGCUGGUUUGGAUUCUCAGGUUUCUG